AAUAAAUCUUCCAUCUUCACGGGUCGCCAUAUUUUCACAUUCCAAAAAUGCUCUCGCCACCCGCACUGUUUUUUCCACCACACACCACUACUUAAGAGAUCGCACACGUUACCCAAGUUACAUAUCACCCUUGCUAGAAAAUCAAACGGUAUAAUGUUGGAGCCGGUGAACAACGAGAACGAGGAGGAGCUUUCACUGCUGUCUCCGAACAGAAAUGGUGACGGGUCAUGGCGGUUAAACUUCAACUGUUAUCAGUUAUCACCAGAACACAAAGAGAAAAAACCGCCUCGUGGAAUCCAUGAUUGCUACGGAGUUUUAGGUCCUGAAGAUGAUGUAGCUGAGUUCUAUCAGCAGCAGGUGGAGAUGCUCAAGGGCUUUAAUGAAAUGGAUGCUUUGGCAGAGCGUGGAUUUAUUCCUGGAAUGUCACAGGAAGAGAAGGAAAAUUUGGCUAGAAGUGAGACCUUUGCGAUUAGAAUAUCAAAUUUUGCAAACAUGGUUCUUUUUGCUGCCAAGGUUUAUGCAUCUGUCAGAAGUGGUUCAUUAGCCAUCAUUGCAUCCACGUUGGAUUCUCUUCUUGAUCUUCUGUCUGGCUUUAUCCUGUGGUUUACUGCAUUCUCUAUGCAAACACCAAACCCUUAUCAGUACCCCAUUGGAAAGAAACGCAUGCAGCCAUUGGGAAUUCUUGUUUUCGCCUCUGUCAUGGCAACUUUAGGAUUGCAGAUUAUAUUGGAAUCAGUACGCACAUUGCACUCGGAUGAGAAUGACUUUAAUCUGAGCAAGGAGCAAGAGCGCUGGGUUGUGGGCAUUAUGCUAUCAGUGACCUUGGUUAAACUUGUGCUGAUGGUUUACUGUCGCUCGUUUACUAAUGAGAUCGUCAAAGCUUAUGCCCAGGAUCACUUUUUUGAUGUUAUUACUAAUAUCAUAGGCCUAAUUGCUGCACUUAUGGCUAAUUAUAUGGAAGAAUGGAUGGAUCCUGUUGGUGCAAUAAUUGUAAGUGAUGUCUCACUUUCUCUCUCACCUACCUGUUGUUUCUAAUAUCAUCGGGGUAGCUCAAUUCUAUUUGAAUUCAGCAUUAUUAUCUUAUAUAAUGGAGCUACAAGUAAGAACUUACAAUAGGGUUGUCUAGAAUGUUAAACCCGUCUAAACAUGGUCAUUCCGGUGCUUGCAUUGCAAUCUGAGUUUUGAUUCUUUGGCAAAUGCACCUGAAUCUAUCACUUCAAUUUAGCUAUUUAUUGCAUCUUGAGAUAUUCAAUUUUUAUAA